AUGGAAGCAGGUAUACUUGGCGCCCUGGCGUCCUCCUCUGACAAGACUGUUACGAACCCCCCCUUGGCUCCGGGAACCGCCGUGGCUGACCGGCUCCGACCGCCGGCCUGUCCGACUACCCACUUGGUCCAGCCGCCAACGCGAGCACCUCGGCGAGGUGGCAGAGAGCCCGGGAUACGACGGGGCGAGGCUCCUCAUCCAACCGCUCACGCUUGCACGUCCUGA